CCCCCCCCCGCCCCGCUCCCUUUUAUCACCCUUCGCCAUGCAGCAGUCCGCCCCGCCGGGCGCCUUUGUCAACUCCAAGCCGGUCGACCCGCAGGAGCUGAAGGAGACCAUUGCCAGCUGGGUAUGCGUCUACCCGGCCUACUUCGACAGCAACUGCACCUCGCGCGAGGGGCGCCGGGUGGCCCUCAAGCAGGCGGUCCCCAGCCCCACGGCCGACGAGGUCUGCCAGGCUGCCUCGACCUUCGGCCUGUCCAUGGUCCUGGAGAGCGACCGCCGGCACCCGCGCGCCGGGUAUGAGCCCUGCGACGCCGGCGGCAUGGGGCGCAUCCGGAUCCGCCUCUUCAACGAGCCGGAGCGCGGCGGCGGCCCGGCCGUCGCCAAGUAUCCCAACCGCAUGUCCCUCUUCCGGGCGAUCGGCGAGAACCUGGUCAUUCAGCGCGCCAGCAAGCGCGAGGUCAUGGACGUCGAGUCGGACUCCGACGACCCGGACCAGGACCACAGCCCCACCCGCCGCCUGGAUAGCACCUCCGGCCCCCUCAUCGAGGAUGCCCUGGCCGUCGGCGAGUGACAGACCAUCCUCCUCCCC